CAAAAAUACUGCGAGCACUUGCUGAACGAAUGUUUCUGACGGACGCAUAAUUUGAACAUUUGCGCUUCAAAAUGGACAGUAGAAGUUAUUCGGGAGGCUAUGGGGGCGUUAGAGGCCUCGAAGAAGAUAUUAUAAGUCUUCUAAGCCCGAUCGAACCGAUCGUUAUGCGAAUACAAAGCCUCUUGGUUUGGGAGUACCCCCAUAGAAGUGCGGUCAUGUUCAUCUGCGUUCACCUCUUGUUUUGGUAUUUAGCCGCAACUUCCAUGAGUUCAUACUUUCUUAUAUCGAGUGCAACGUUAAUUCUUUUCCUUGUGGAUACCUGGAAGAAGAAAAUCUGGCCAGAAAUAAGAGUCCCGCCUCCAGUGCCUGACGAUAUAGAUGGUUGGACCCCUGUCCACCCUCGUCUGCUAAAUGUGCUCGAAAUUUCCCAUCAUGCAGCUGAAGUUCUUCACAACAUUCUCAACACACUCCAUGAAUUACGCUUGUAUCGUAGGAAUAACCCAAGAAUUACAUGUUGCAUGGGUGUACUGUUUUCGAUAGUGUGUAUGAUAAUCUGCUUCGUCCUAAUGGUGAUUGGUCGGUACAUCCCAGGAAUAAUGCUUUCGUAUAUUCUAGUGAUGAGCGUGAUGCUCUGGCCUUGCAUCGUCUACCACAAUGUGUUGAAGAAGGCGUACCUCAAAGUGGAGCCAGCUUUCAUGUGGCUGGAAUAUAACCUGAAGAUCAAGAUGUCAAGGUCACCCAAAGUGACCAGUGGGUCAUCUGUGUCCGGCUCUGGCUCCCUGAAUGCCACUGUUGAGGAUGAUUAUGAUGAGUUCUGUCCACCGACGGACCCGACAACCACGGCACUGCUGGCUCGCGCCAUCACAGACAGCGAGGACGAGGGCGGGCCGUCAGCCAUACCGACACCCCAGCUGUCUAAAGAACCUUCCAUGGAUAACAGUGAAAAUGAAGAGGAGGACUUUGCACCAGGCCUAGAACGUAUGCCUUCAUUUGAUGACCUGGAUCAAACUGACGAUGAAUUCAUGCCCAGUAACGGCCACAGUGGCAGCAUGCCCUUCAACCCCUCCCACUUCGGCGACAACUCUGACUCAGACGAGGAUGACAUCAACUUCCCGGACAUCUCUGAAGUUGACUCUUCUGUGCUGGAACGCACACCAACAUCAGAAGGCAUCCUCAGCUCUCCUUUCAGUGCCCUCGCCAGCUCUGUCGUCAGCCAAACCCUGACUUCCAUGGUUGAGAAUGCCCUCCAAGGUGUGUCCAGGAAGGGAGAUCACUCUAGCACUUCCUCCUAUGGGCGUCUGCCUGGCACAGAUGCACAGAUCACCUACACGCGAACAGACAUUGGGGAGGCAGUGGAUGUGUUACCGCAGGAUAUAACGCUCGAGGAGGAGGAGGAGGAGGAGGAAGAAGAGGAAGAAGAAGAAGAAGAAGAGGAGGAGGAGGAAACUGGAAGACAGAUUGAAGCAGACAUUGAAAAAGAAUUUGAUUUUUUGGACGAUUUUGAACCCAGGAAUAAACCCAAGAAAUGAGACUGCUCAAUUGGUUGUGAGUUUGUAUUGGUUUUCUUUUGAUACUAAAAGCUUGAUGAGAAUUUAAAGGUUAUAUUUUUGUAUCUAAACAGUGAAGACAUGUUUUUUAAGUGUUCAAGAGGUUAUGGUACAGUUGCUGCUUUCCAGGGGAGUUGUCAUGGGAUUUAUGAUGAGUUGACGACUACCAUAUGACAACAAUGAAUUGUUCUCUUGUUAAGUGGGCAUCUGAAUCUAGAAGAAUCACAUAUUUGUGUUUUUGAAAUAGUUUGGUCUUUUACGGAUUUCACAACUUAUUUAUUUCGUUACUAAAAGAACUAGACUAUUUCAUUGCAUGUUUCAUGAUUUUUGUGUUGACUUGCAUAAAGAUGCCAUACUUUAUCAUGUGUAUUUAGAAACAUUGCCAUCAUAGUCAGCUAAUAAUAGCGACCAUUCAUGGCAGAAUUAUUCUGGUUAUUGGAUUGUGAGUCCAACAUGAUUUGAAUCUAAUGUUAUAUCUUAUGAACACGUUCAAUAAGAAACUGCAUUUUGAACCAUAUUCUGUGUAAUUCUAAAAUGUAAAUAUAGUUAUUCUUCACCAACCACUGAAUCAAUAUGUUGCAUAUAUCCAGUAUGAAAUCUAUCACAAUCAGUAUUUGAAAUUAACUGGUCAAGCAAUAGAAAAAACUAUAUAUAUUUGUUUUUUUAUGGAAACCUUGUAGAAAUUAAAACACUAAAUGGAAAUGUCAGGGACCUCAUGAUUGGCCUUUCUGACACAGAUAAGGCUUUAGGAGAUGUUUAGAGACGGAGAGAAAUUAAGUUGUUUUUUUUAGUUUUCUUCUUUAUUUAAACGGGGGUGCUCGUCACGCCAAAGACCCAGGUUUGAUUCCCGAUGUGGGUACAAUUUGUGAAGCCCAUUUCUGGUGUUCCCUGCUGUGAUAUUGCUUGAAUAUUGCUAAAAGCAGCGUAAAACCUUACUCACUCACUCACUUAUUUAAACCAGGCAUCAUUUUGUGAUCAGCCCCAAAUUAAUUUUGUUCAACUUAACUUCCAAAGUAACAACUGUAUUGGACCUGUGUUUGCCUCUGAUUUGUGAAAACAUGUCUUUGUGACUGCAGAACCUAUUCAGAUUUUUUUAUAUUUGGAGGAAGCUGCAUCUUGUCAUCUGGCUGAAUUCCUAUCAUGAGUUUCUCAUUGAUAACGUCAAAAUAUUUGAUAACAAGUUUUGUCACAGCUGUGAUGAUAAACAUGUGGGUACUGUGAUUAAUACUAAGUAUAUUCUCCAUGUUGGAUUUCACCUUCAGCGUGUUUACAUGAUGUCUUAGAUCUCAAGGCCGCUCCUUGGGCUACACUGGUGCAUUCUGGGAUGUGAAUAACUUAACGUUUAUUUAAUACCCUCAUCAAGGAUGACGAUACUUUAAGCUGAGUUUCCUUGGUGCUUGGUUUUGUAUCUCUCAAAAAUUGUAAACAAAAUCUUUUUCAUUAUUUGAUUCCAAUUUGGGUUUGGGUUUGUCACAAUGAAUGAAAUCAAUGCCAAAUCAUGGUCCACCUGUUUUCUUCUGUGGCAGUAGGGAUAUGAUCUGACGUUGUGAUUGACCGUAUUCAAUGUAAUAAGCACCCAGAGCGCUCUCAAAAUUAGAAAUAGGGGCUCUUAUUAGAAUAUAAUUUUGGUAAAAAAAAACAGAAUUGAAAGAUCGUAAAUUUUGUGGUUUAUGCUG